AUGCAGCAUAAUAUUGUUCUCAGGGCUCAAAACCCCCGGACGUCCUCGGUGUUUGUGGAGGCCAUUCCGGCAAUACCACCAACGCAACAGAAAUCAUCUUUACAAAGAUUACAGCUAUUUUGGAACCAAUUACGAGCGUUGGCAAAUGGGUUGGAAGACAUUGUCAUCGAAUUCCCAUCACGUAAACAUGAUUUGGCUCAAAAAAUUACUUCACCAGUAGCUCUUGUAGAAAUGGCAGAAUCAAGGGCACAGGCCAAACGGUACAGCCAUUUUAUAGCGGCGCUUGAUAUUCUUAUCAUUCACCUCAAAAGUGACGGCGGCACAACUACCUUGCGGGAUAUCUACUACCGCAACGUACUGGCAUUUGAAGGAAACCAGGCAAAUUCCAACAAUGCUCUCCAAACCAUUGCUGGCGCAUUCUCGCUCUCUAUGCCGCUAGACUUGCGGAUAUUACCUUCACCCAAAGGGCUCGUUUGGGGCGGCCCGAACUUGCAGAUCAAUACGCUUCGACUCGAAUUCGAGAGUGACUACCAAAUGAUCCCUUACAUAUAUGAUCACGGAGAUGAAAAUAGCCACCAUAACUGUAGUGAGCACAGUAACAACAGCGAAGACAGCGACUUCAGCAACAAAAACAGCCCUAAUUGCCCAGAAGUCAUCGUGGUGAUGGAAAAAGAAGCGGUGUUCAAGUCAUUCUGUCACUACACACGCACAUUGAACACUUCCACGAGAGUGAUUGCAUUAACUGGAAGGGGGUUUCCCGAUACCACAACCAGGCAGUUUUUGCAAAUGCUCCAGAGCCAAUAUCCAGACGUACCCGUUUACGUGUUUGUGGAUUCAGACGUGUAUGGAAUCCGGAUCUUCCAGACAUAUCUUGGAAAAGAGCGCCGCAGCGAAGCCCAAGUGCCGAUUCUCGCGGGAGUGUUUCUCUUUGAGUAUACUGAAGGCUGGCUCACCAUUGGAAAAAAGGAGCGGCGGCUCCUCUCGCGGUGUCUCCAAGAGAACACCCAUUUGAGAACACAGGCUAGACCCAACGAGAAUAGACUCCAGCAGCACCAAACCCAAAACCAAAACCCCCAAAAGCAUCACCCAGAGCAUCCCGAAAACAUCCCCCCAAAAAAUUACAAUUCUCUCCAAUUCUCGCACCCACAUCCACCACCCAACCCCAAUUUGCAGCCAAUAACCCAGACCCACCUCCAAGUGAUCCACCGAGAAAGCAGCCGCGCCCUCCUCCUCGGAAUCAAAGCAGAAAUGAAUCUCCUCGCCAACCACCCACAAGCAAGCCAGCGCCUCAACCAAUAUUUCUGGCGCAAAAUCUGCCCCCAAGAAAUCUCUCCCAACUGA